AUGCCUCCAGGCACGGCCCUCUCAUUCCUUGUCUGUUGGAGAAGCAGGAUCUUGGCACUGCUGGUUCAGGCCAUGACCCCCCAACCAAAACAUGAUCCUCAAAGGACUUAUUCUCUGAUGCAAAAUGGAUCUCAAGUGCUGCAGGUUCCACAAAGUUUGCACACUGCUGGCACAGCUGUUCUUGGCAUCAUCCCCUCACUGCUGCUGUUGUUUCUGGAGUUUGCAGAGCAGCUCCCGGACUUUCUGCUGACCUUCACCGUGGAACUGGGCUUCACGUUCUGUAUACCUGACAUACAUACCUGUUGA